AUGCAAUUAGUCUUUCAGAACUUUGAAGCCGCUUUCGACCCUCCUCAUCGAGGCCGUCUUCACAACGCGCUGCGCACCGAUGGAGUACCAGGAAAGUUUGUUCGCUUGAUUGUUGACAUGCUAACAACAGUUCGGACACAAGCCGGAUGUACAACACCGUUUGAGGUGGUAAAAGGAGCUAGACGAGGGAACUUUGCAUUCCGAAAGAUAUCGAGUGAAGAGCUUCGCCAGUGUGUGAUGAGGACUGGCGUCCACAACAGCACCAUUGUUAACAACAACAGUGCACAAAGUUCAUUUCGUGUUUCUGUGAUCGGAUAUGUACUCAUCUCAACUGAUGCGCUCUCCGUUUUGGAUCUCGGCCCUAGUCUCGCACCUGUGCAAUCAGUAGCGUCCGAUAUGCUUACUAAACGUCUUAUACAAAGUAUUCAUCAAAAUCAUCCUCAUGUGCAUAUGAAGGAAGCUGGACCUUGGGAACAAGUGGUGCUAGUGGUCGGUAGCACCAUAAUGCAGACACAAUUUGAAACCGUUGCUGAAGCCAUAGAUUUUCCUCCUCUUUUCCCCCAACAAUCAUCACAAAAUGAGAUUUUAACAUAA